AUGCCAAUACGUAAGGAUAUUGAAACACUAACAAAAUCUCCCGUCCACAUCGUUGUGGGGACUCCUGGUCGUAUUCUGGAUCUAGUGAGGAGUAAAACAUUAAAGCUACAACAUGUCAAACACUUCAUCAUUGAUGAAUGUGAUAAAAUGCUGGAUACGCUCGAUAUGCGGCGUGAUGUUCAAGAAAUAUUCCGCAUGACUCCACAUCAAAAACAAGUCAUGAUGUUUAGCGCAACCAUGAGCAAAGAAAUACGCCCUGUUUGCAGAAACUUCAUGCAAGACCCGUUGGAAAUAUUUAUCGAGAAUGACUCGAAGUUGACUUUGCAUGGUCUACGACAGCAUUAUGUUAAAGUCAAGGAAAAUGAGAAAAACAGAAAGCUCUUUGAGCUUCUUGAUGAACUGCAGUUCAACCAGGUUAUAAUCUUCGUCAAAUCCGUUCAACGAUGUAUGGCUUUGGCUCAGUUACUGGUCGACCAGAACUUCCCUGCGAUUGCAAUGCACCGUAAUAUGGCUCAGGAAGAACGUUUGGAACGUUACCAAGCAUUUAAGAACUUUCAGAAACGUUUACUAGUGGCUACCAAUCUCUUCGGUCGAGGUAUGGACAUUGAACGUGUCAAUAUCGUCUUCAACUAUGAUAUGCCAGAAGAUUCUGACACCUACCUUCACAGAGUUGCUCGAGCUGGUCGUUUCGGAACUAAAGGAUUAGCCAUAACCUUCAUAUCAGAUGAAGUCGACGCGAAGGUACUCAAUGAAGUACAAAAUCGUUUUGAAGUUAAUAUCAGCGAGCUUCCUGACGUUAUGGAGAUAUCCAGCUACAUGGAGGACCGAUAA